AUGUGGCCCAUGUCGAAUGCCCUCUACCCGGGCCUCAAAGAUCCCGCGGAGCAGCAGCGCCCAGGAACCUCUGAUACCAACCAGAGUUGGUUCACCUAUGGCACCCGUCGCUACAGUGCCUCCAACUACUCUCGAAAGGCCUGGUCGACUCGACGAAGCGCACGCACCGGUCGAACGGGCGAGACGGAGGGAGGAGAGGACCUGCGAGACCUGCUGCGACAGAGCCAAAAGGCACUGACCAACCUUCGCGGCAAUGAAGAGGCAGAUAUUGGUACGCAAGGAUUCCCUGAUGCAGACUCGGAUGUGAUCCCUUUCAACGAUCCAUCAUGGAAGAAGCCUCUAUGGCGAAGCCUGUCCAAGAGGACCAAUGCCACCGGGGCUACCAGCGCCAGCGUUGUGACUGGAGAGUCCUCCCAGCCACCGAGUGCUGAGCCAGCAGUCGCGAGCUCAUCCGGCCAUCACCAUCGCAGGCGAUCAUCCUCGAGACAUCCCCCACCUCCCGCACGCGCAGUGCGUAGCAAGCGCAUCCCCAGCGUCGCGUCUCGCAUGGACCCCGACGACGGCGAGCCGGACCCGGUCCCUGCCUAUCAGGAAGUCGAGGUUGGUCGAGCAGUUGUGCCCACUCUAGCCACCAAAAGCCAGGCGGCUCCCACACAGAGGUACAGUACGGUCAACAGUGGUUUGAGAAAUGACUUUGAGAACAGUCUGUCCCGCCUGGACCUGAUCUCAAGCCCCUCCAUCAGCACCAUGAGCUUCACCGGCUUGGGUAACAAUGGUGCUGGAAUUGGCUUUGCCAGGGUGGACUAUGAUGCUCAAGUUGAGCAAGCCCGUCACACUCAGGACAGCCAGAGUCCCCAGGCCGUCACCUUUUCCAACAAUCCCUUUUCUAACAACCCAUUUCACGCCCGAGCAAACGAGCGAGAACCCGUCAGUCCGCUCAGCCCCAACAGAAACUCUAUAUACCGCAACUCGUACCGAAAUUCGGGGGCGUUCGGCCAGCCGAGAGUCGUGACAUUUUCCAACUUUGACGAGGUGGCCAUCACCAGCAGCGCCGACUCGCGGUCCAUGACGGCCCCGACCGUCGACACGUGGGAUCGGCUCGAGGGGGCUUCGGAGAAGCCCACGGCCCCUGCCGAGGAUGCGCUGCCGCCGCCGCCAAACACGACGUACCUCUACGGCCUCCCUCUGGCGGCCGUCAUCUUUGCCCUGUCCCUGGCCGUCUUCCUGGUGGCCAUGGACGUCAACGUCAUCGCCACGGCCGUCCCGCACAUCACGGCCGAGUUCUCCAGCCUCGACGACGUGGGCUGGUACGGCAGCGCCUUUCUCAUGACCACGUGCGCGUUCCAGGUCCUGUUUGGCCGCAUCUACACCAUCUUCCCGGCCAAGCUGACGUUUCUGGGCGCCAUUGCCAUCUUCAUGAUCGGGUCCGUGCUGGCGGCCGUGGCGCCCAACUCGACCGUCUUCAUCGUGGGGCGCGCCGUGCAGGGCAUGGGCACGAGCGGCAUCCUGUCGGGCGGCCUCAUCAUCAUCUCCCAGGUCGUGCCUCUGCAGAUGCGCUCCAUCCUGGGCGGCGUGAUUGGCGCCAUGGAGGGCGUGGCCAUGAUCUCGGCGCCCAUCAUCGGUGGUACGCUCACCGACAAGCUCAACUGGCGCUGGUGUUUCUACAUCAACCUCCCCAUUGGCGGGUUUGUCCUGGUUGCCGUGUUCUUCUUCCUGCGCAUCCCCGAGCAGAAUCGCCCGCAGCAAGCCGUCAAGCGUACGUGGGCCCAGACGGCUCGUGAUCUUGACCUGAUUGGUGCCGCGCUCAUCAUGCCGCCCAUUGUUUGCAUCCUGCUCGCCCUUCAAUACGGUGGCUCAAAAUAUGCUUGGGAUGACAUGGGUGUGAUUUUGCUCUUUGUCCUAGGUUUUACCUUGUUCCUUGUCUUUGCCUAUUCGCAGCAUGUUAACGCAGAUACGGCCAUGAUUCCCUUUCGAAUCAUUAAGCAACGUUCUAUCCUUGCAGGUUUCUGGUACAUUUUGUGUACCGCGUCGGCCCUGGUUGUCAUGACCUACUUUCUUCCUCUGUGGUUCCAGCUCGUCCUCAACGCAACGUCUACGCAAUCCGGUCUUCGUCUGUUGCCGGUGCUCAUCGGUGUCAUUGUCUCUGUUCUUCUCAGUGGUGCGCUCGUUUCUGGUCUCGGUUAUUACACUCCUUUUAUGAUUCUCGGAUCGAUUCUCAUGUCUGUCGGGAUCGGCUUGAUGUCGUCAAUCUAUCCCGACACGUCUAACACGCUUCUUAUCAUAUUCCCUGCCAUCUUCGGAGCAGGUGUAGGUAUAGGUUUCCAGCAGCCCCUCAUUGGAGCUCAGGCAGUCUUGUCCAAAGAAGACAUUCCCAUUGGAACAUCAAUCAUUGUAUUUGGCCAGACCAUUGGCUCCGCAAUUGUGCUCUCGGUAGGCGAGUCCGUCUUCCAGAACCAGCUCAAGAACAACAUCGAGUCGUACCUGGGCAUCGUGGUCAAGGACGCGCACAGCCUCAUGACCGAGGGCACGGCACAGAUUGAGGCGACCCUAUCGCCGGAACAGCUGCCCGUCCUGCGCGAUGCCGUGAGCAAGUCGCUGACCCAGACUUUUUACGUGGCCCUGGCCAUGGCGGGCCUGUCCAUGAUUGGGUCCCUUGCCAUGGAGUGGAAGUCGGUCAAGAAGAUUGCCAAGCAACAAGAGGCCGAAGAGGCGGCGGCGGCGGCGACGGCGGCUGAAGCUACUGCGGCAUCGCAAGGUAAGUCGCAGGGUGAGAAGAUGGUUUAA